UAAUCAUGAAAAUCACGAGUCUCCUGUUUGGCCCGUCUUGCUCAACGCUACCUAGCGGGGUACAAUUCUGUCUGUGUGUCAGCGUAGCAUAAACAAUCAGACAGGUGCGAACUUCAAACUUCGCCUGGAGAUUUAAUAAACAUGUAGCCCAAUUUAGGUGUUCUCUGGAACACUUUGAAAAAGGAAAACAGGGUUAAUUUAUGAUGCUGCCAAUAUUUGCCACACCAGGGUAAAAUUGAGAUAACAGGGCCGCAACAUGUCAGGAUACUCAGACUUCGAUCCUCUGCCAUCUCUGAAUGAGGGGGAUGAGCGUGUGUGUCUGGCGGACAUCUUGGCAAUCCGUGAUGGUUGUUUGACAGAGCUGGAGCUGUGGGCGGUAUGUAAGGAGUGUUGUGAGGCCCUGAAAUCACUGCACAGCUCCUCUGAGAUGUUUCAAACCUUGUGCAUCACUCCGGAAAGUCUGGCAUUUGAUGCUGCUGGAAAUAUAUGUUUCUUGGAUUUAAACACAGAUCCAGAGCAGCUGUACAUUCCUCCUGAAUAUGACAAAGUUGGAAACUCAUAUAAGGCACACCUAUUUUCUCUGGGGAUGACAAUGCUCUAUGCAGCCAAAUACAAUGCCUCCUCCAGCAGCAAAGCCGGGAAACUGAGUAAGGAACUUAACGGAGUGCUUACGGGAAUUACAACAGAUGAGUACGACGAGCGAGCAGACUUGGACACUGUACUGAACAAAUGCAAUCACAUGUUACAAGGGAAAUCUGCUGCUAAAGUCUGCCUUGAUUUGGCAGCCCUGGGAAAACUGGACAUGUCAACAGAAGGUGAGGACAGGACUUCAGUCAGGUCCAGUCAGAGUGAAGGGGAGGUUGACCAACCCCAGGUGUCUGGGCUCUCUCCUUACAAAGGCUCUGGACUUAUCAGACCUCAGCCAUUCAAGUCAAGCCCAGAAAAAAACAAAAGAUCCUCCUCCUCUAGCUCAGGAUAUGUUGGAUCUAGUGAAAGUACCACUCCACCUAGAAGCGUGAAACCUGCAUCAAUAACGUCCAGUUUGAAGUCCACUCCAGCCCGGGAGAGCACCUUGGACAAAUUGACCAGUACUAAUUCAGUCUCAGAACCAGACAGUCCUGGAACUGCCACUUUACUCAGAAUGAAAAUGAGCUAUGCAAAGAGUCCAGAGAGGAGUCCACGUGACAGUAGUUAUACUAAAGAUGAUGUAUUUUCAUCACCAAACCAAAGAGUCAAGUACAAUUCUGUGUUUAGAAAUCGUGAACAACAGUUGUUUAGUUCAUAUAGGAGUCCCUAUUCCACCUCGUCAGCAUUUGGAACAAGAUCAUGGAAUACUCCAAGUCAAAUAAAACCCAUUGCCUCAUAUGGAACACCUAAGAAAGAAGAAAUCUCAGGAAACAAAAAGAGCCAAACUUUAGAAGUAAUACUGGAGAGAUUGAACUGUUGCAUGCAGGAGCAUGAGCUGUGGGCCGUAUGCAGGGAGAGUGUACUGGCGCUACAGAGAGCUAGGCUCAACCUACCCCUGUAUAUUCACUUGUCCACUGUCCUCAUAGAAGAAUCAGGCCAGGUCAGUUUUAAGACAGUGGACAGUGAGGCCGAACUGGAGGUCAUCUACCUGUCUCCAGAACUGAAGGAGAAAGGCGUGGUCAAUGAACAGACCUGUGUCUUUGGCCUGGCUGCUGUGCUGUGGUUCUUGUCCUCUUACAAACUGCCCGCAGACAGCUUCCCUACCUUCAGUGAGGAGUUAGAGCAGCUGUUGACGUCUAUGGCAGAGGCCAACCCUGUGGUCAGACCCAGCCUAACUAGCAUCUUACAGCUGUGCAAUGCUCGGACUGGUUUAAAUGAUUUGCCGUCCCAAGAAGUAUGCCGAAAUAUUUACAAGGAUGCAGAACUUACAGAGGCCUUUAGCAGAAAUAAUGUAUGGGUGAAUGAAUCUGUAAAGCAAGAGCUGGAUACUGCUAAAGCUAACAUAUUGGACAGUAUCAGAUCUGAGGAUACCAGAAAUAAUUUGAAACCUGUUACAGCUUCCACAGAAGUUUCUCGACCAAGGCCAGUCUCUUUACAUGAUCGUCUUAUGACAGAGAUCCAAAACCCAGUAAAGAAGCUGAGAAAGUCUUCCAGGCCAAAGGAAUUUGACAUCAGGACAGUGUUCCUCACACACCCAGAACUGCUCCAAGGUUUGAAAAGAGUGACUGGAAAACCUGCCAAUACAGCCACAGCAAACACCUCCAGUAACAGUAGUGGUAGUCCCUCUGGUCCAGUCAUGUUCAGACAGAGUCCAGGAUCAGGGUUUGCAUCUGUCGGAGAGUCCCAAGCCACUGGUGGCCAUAUUGGAUUGGGGGCACCUUCACUUCCCACAGGGUCUGCCUUUCACCCAGUGGCACAAGAGCCCAGAAUACCCAGUGCCUUUAGUUCCCCAGCCACACACUUUAGUCCCAUUGUUCUUACACAGGCACCAUCUCAGGUGAAAGAUGGGUCUGCCCAAGCUUCUUCAGGGGCUUCUGAGAAGUUAAAACCCCUUGCUGUACCUGUGUCAGGGGCAGCAGCCAAGAGUGUGUCUCCUGGAGACAAGGAGAAGGCCCUAGCAAAGAAAAUGAAAGAACUGAAAAAGAAUCUCAUAAAGAAUAUGGCCCCUGUUAAUUUUGCCAUGGAUAUUGAAAAAGAAGUGCAGGAAGAAGAGACUGAGGGCAGCAAAGCGCCACAACAGGCAGAUACAAAGCCAUCACAACCACCACCACCAACAACAACAACUGGCCAUCCUUUGCCUGUGGCGCCACCUGCUGUAGGAGUUCAAGGACAGUUCCAGACAGCCUCUCCACAAAGUCUCCUCACCCCUCCCAGCCAGUUCCAGUCAGUACCACCCAGUGGGCCAACUCAGGGCCAGGGUAACUUGCCAAUGCCCCUACCAGCAGUACAGAUGGGUGCCGGGGGACUGUUCCCUGUGUCAUUUCAGAUGGUACAGGACCCUAACACUGGGCUGUAUCAGUUUGUUCCUGUGGCAGUGCCUGUGGCUCCGGGCACACAGGGCCCCAUACAAGGAAAUACUGCUGCACCAAUUGUUCCCAAUGCACCACCAGCACCCCAGAGUUCAAUUUCUGGACCCCAAGUCGGUGAGAAACCUAGCUCUGCAGAAACAGAGUCAAGCAAAAAAAGUUCCCAGGAAAAGGAGAAAAAAUCUUCAAAGACUAAGAAUGACAGUAGUUCUAAACACACUAGUAAGGAUCAAGGGGGUGGUAAGGAGACUGAAAAAGAAAAAGACAAGGAUAGCAACAGUAAAGUAAGAACUCCUAGAGAUUCAUCAAAAACACGAACUAGAGAUUCAUCACAAACUAGGCUAAAGGAGUCAUCUCAAACGAGAAGCAGAGAUAAAUCAAAAACCAGGGAAACUGGGACAAGCAAGGAGAAAAAGGAGGACAGCAGUGUGGCCAAAGCUUCUAACAAGAGUGGAGUUAGCAAGUCAAAAGGACAAGCUCCAGAACCACCACCAAAACCAGGAGGCACAAAAUCAAGCCAAAGUGAUUCAAAAGCUAAAACAGAUUCCAAACUUUCACCAAAGAAAACUAAAUCUUCAGAGGAUGUGGGGUCUUCUAAACAUAAAGACUCAUCUAAAUCAGCCAGCGAGGACAAGAGAAAGGCUUUGAAAGAAAAAAGUCUGUCUGAAGAAUCAGGAGUGGUGACGUCAGUCACCAGUGACGAAGAAGCCUUAGCUAAGGGAGUUAAGAGUAAAGGAGAAAACUUGCAAUCUGGACAAAAUUUACAAACAGGUCAGAAUGACGAGAAUGUGGUUCAGAAUGGAAACCACAAAAACUCUCAGAGCCCACAGAAACCUAUCCGAAAGGGUAGAAAGUCAUCAUCAGAGGUGAUACCAGAACAGAAGCCAACUUGUGAAAGUUCAGCAAAACCUCAGAAAGGAAUUCUAAUUAAAAAUGACACUGAGAUAGAAAACAAUGCACAGUCAAUCAAUCCUCUGCAGUCAGCAACCAAUCAGAACCAUCGUAAACUGUCCAAGGGGGAAGUAGUCACAUCAUCUAAUGGUGGCGUCCCCUCUCCAGUCCCGUCCCCAUCUCUGUCCAAGGACAGUGGGGUGAGUGGGUUGUACAGGGGGUUCACAGGGGACCCUGCCCUGAUGGAGAGGCUCCUAGGACAAGAUGGACGACAACAGCAGGUGGGGAAGGUGAUCCACCUGAUAAGGGAAGAGUUUGCCUUUGAUGGCUAUUUGGAAAAUGGUGUGGAGGAUGUUGCCAUGGCUGACUAUGUGUGCUCUCUUGCCAACUUGAAGUGGGAGACGUUCAGCAGUGCUAUCUCAGAGAAGUACUGUGACCUGUUCUGGCAGGAGGAUCUCCUUACCAAGCUCUAUGAGGCAGUGAAUGGGAAGGCACCUAACAAAGCACAGAGUUCUGCCAACUUGACCUCCCCCACAGCCAGGGUGCUGAGUGUUGAUGUUCCCAAUGGAAACCAGAGUCCCAGGACAGCUGCCAUGUCUGCCUUCAGACCAGUCAGGCUGGGGGACAGAGAGCGUAUCAUCCCAACUGACCACCGGCUACUCAGACCUCGAGCCAUGCGCUUGCCGUACACUGACACCUCCGACUCCACUGACACUGAGCACUAUUAUGACAGACACAGGAGGAGGUUCAGGAAGAGACACGAACUUGAUAAGGGGAAGAGCUCUUCUAUGCAUAAUUUAAUGGAGGAAGCAAUGGCGGAGGCUGCUGCAGAGGGGACAUUGGUGAAGUCACACAGUCAGACUGCCUUGGAUGGAGCUAGGUCUGAUUCUGAGGCCAGUGAAGGUAGACGUAAAAGGCAGACCACCUGGGUGCUAGAAGCUCCAGGAAAACCCAAACUGAUCCAUGUCAAGGGCUCAGAAAGUGACACUGACCAUAUUGAAGCUGCCCUGUCAUCCACACUACAGUCAGUGUCAGAUUCUGAGAGGCGGAAGUCCUUGUCGGAAUCGUUCAAGUAUAACAGUGAGAGAAAGGACUCCAUGAAGCACUGGGAGUCUGACUCCAGCACUAGCGUCAGUGGGAGUAGAAAGAGAAUUCUGUCCCAGUCAAAGGUGUUGACCAGGGAGGGGAGCGUAUCGUCUGUACACAGUGACCAUUCAGCUGGACAUCGGUCAAGUGAAGGUGGAGCCACUUCUGCGGCUGAGGGGUGGUCAGGCAGUGGUGGGGAUAAGAUGAAGAAGAAAGCAAACAUUGUGUAUUACUAUGCUGAUGUGGCUGGGAAGUACAAUACUAUGGUGAAGUCUAUUGUGAAUGAACUGGGAUCAGCAAAGAAAGAAGAUCUCAUGACCAAAAUGGCCGAGAUUGAUCAACAAAUAGCGUAUGAGCUAAAAAUGAAGAAGAAAACUCAAAAAUAUUACAGCAAGUUACUGGAUGCAAACAAAAAUCACAAAGCUACCCCAGAACAGCGCACCAUGCUGACCCGUGUGUCCAAACAGAUUGCCGAGAUGAAUGACAAACUCUCCUUACUGGAGGAGGCAAGAAAACAUCUGGAUAUGCUGUAUGCAGAAAGCCAGGGUCUGGCCCUGAACUACAUGUACUCAUUUGCCCAGUGUUCCCCGGGGACCCUGGAGCUACAGUGGGGGCCAGACAACCCCUUACUACAGAUCCAGGUCAUCAGGGACCCAGACGGCACAGAACAACAGCUGGUCCAGGCUGGCACUCCACUGGGACUCAUGGCUUUCUUGUUUGCCAGCACCACCCUCUCGAAGAGCUACAUCCAUCAUUUAUUCUACUGCUACCGCUACAUGGUGACACCUGCACAGCUGCUGGAGUUUAUUACGGAGAAACUGAGUGCAGCAACUUCUAGACCAGAUGAUGAGAAUGCAGAGAAGGUCAAGCGGCGUGCCAUUGAUUUGCUAUAUGUGUGGAUGGAAGGCUUUUACAACAUUGACUUCAAGCAUGAACCUAGUGUUGCCAGGAUGUUGAAUCUAGUCAUCACAGAACAGGUAUUACCAGAUGAGCCAGACUCAGAUGGUUUACUACAGCUAAUAGAGACCUGUAGACAAGGCAGGCACAGGGACAUGGCUGUUACUGAUGCUCUCAGUUCUGAGGAUGUGGAAUUAGAGCUAGUGCAUGAAGAUGAGUCUUCUCCAACUAAGUGGGAGUUUGUGAAGGCAGCCCUGAGCCUGGGUCCCAAGACUCCAUCCAAACCCAAGACAGGCCUGAUGGCAUGCCUGGAGAAGAAGAAGAAAGAGACCAUGGGGGAUGUGUAUUUCCCUGCAGUGGCCAGGAAGACUGAUGCCUUCACUCUUGGAGACUACACCUCACAGACACUGGCAGAGCAGUUGACUUUGGUAGAGCAGACUUUAUUCCAACAAGUCCACCCAGUACAUUUCCUGAACACCAGGGCUCAGGGGAUAGGAGUGUCUCUGGCUAAUGGAGGCAUGAUCACCAGUGCAGCCUCAGUGCAGAGGUUAAACCUGGAUGAGGUUCAGAGUAGCAGUCUGUUUGCUGGCUCCUAUGUUCAGGAUGCUGUGAUACACACCCUGAUAGAGUAUUCCCAGAGUAUAUCAUACUGGGUGGCUGCUGAACUAGUCACCUGCAGCUCCUCUAAGAGUCAAAUUGCCCUGCUGAGCAAGUUCAUCCACACAGCCAAAAUUUGCCACAGUAUCAGGAACUUUGCCACCAGUAUGGCCAUACUGGAUGGUCUAGAAAACUUGAUAGUUAGACAGCUGCCUGUGUGGCGCCACCUGCCCAGUAAAAGUGCUGCUAUAAUGGAGGAGCUGAUCAAUGUGAAGGUAUUUCUGAAGAGUGACAGCCUAUGUCUGCUACAGACAGAUGAAGACAGACAAGUUCCCACAAUUCCCUGCAUCAUCCUCUUCCUGCUCCACAUACAGCAGCUGGAACUUGGAGGGUUUACUCUUGCCAAUGGAAUGUACAAAUGGUCCAAGAUGAGGUCUAUCGCCACAGUUAUUGAUCAAAUUAGGAUUUUCAAGAAGCAAACAUAUCCCUUUGAGCCAAACAGAGAGCUUCAAGAAUCUUUGCGAAACCGCAUGCUGGAAUACAGCGAGCAUGACUUGCAUGCACUGGCCGCACAGCAUGAGACCAAUUUUCACAAGAUUUCCUCGGGAAAACUGCAGGGGGCUUUCAAAAAGAUGAAAGGAAAAUUUGGAAGUGGAUAGUUGAGCAGUUACUGCAGUUAAUGGGUAUAGCUUUAAUUUGCUUUGGACAUUUCUCUUUGGUACAUCUGCCUUGCCAAAGUAAAAAGUAAAAUGAAGAUUAAGACCCAUGUAAAAUAAACAUUUUACAUACUUCCAUGAAAAGAAAUGCGAUAAAAUAUUUUUGUUUAAUAGACCAGCGAGAAUGAAAUGAAUGGUGUAAAUUGAAAAAUGAGGUGGUUGUGUGCGGGAUAAGAUACCAGAUUUAAUUUAAUGAGACUAACAACUUGUAAAGUAGUCUUCUACUCAAGUAGACAGUGCAUUUAUAUAUUUUUCUACUUAUAUAUUUAAAACAGCUGCCUUUAAUUUGAUGAAUGAUAUCUUUAUUUACAGUUCUAAGUCAUUUAAUACUCAUAUUAUUGAUAGUUUGUUAUUUUUGUUAUGUUCAAAUACUGAAUGCAUUCUUUUUUUAACAUUGUACAUUUUUUGUGCAAAUUGUUGAACAUGGGUCCAAUUAAGUCACUCAUAUCAAGACAAUUCCGAGCCAAAUUUUCUUACUUUUAUAUACCAAGAACAUAUGUAAAUUUUGUAGAUACAGUGGAAAUAACAUAUCUUUCCUUUAACUUAUAUUCUUAGUUUUUUCCAAAAUUAUGACAGCUGUGAGAAGAGUCUGUAUUUUUGUCGUUUAAAGUUCUGAUAUAUAGCUUUUGCUGUAUUGUACUUGUAGUAUACAGGGUAUGUUGGCCUUUUCUCAGGCUGUGGCUAAACCAUGUGAUUUAUGUUUGUGCUCUAAGCAGCUGGCAAUCUUAAUGUCAUGUAGGAUCUGUUAUCAGUUACUUUUUAUGCAUACAGAAGUUAGUUGUUUACAUUAUAUUGGCCUUUAGUAGAGGAUUUGAUUACACAAUUUAUUAUUAUGGUGUAAUGCAUCUUAUUGAUGCAUCAACCUUCUUUGCAUAGCUUAGAAUAAUGAUCUGAUUGGUAUAUCUGUGUAAAGUAGUUUUGAUACCAUUAUGCCAAUGUUCUUUGAUAUACUCAUUCUGUGAACAAGUAUCAUGCAGCUUUUAAGAGAAAGCAAUGUGCACUCGAAGCUGUGUAAUUAUUUACUGGUUGUGUAAUCUUUAUUUUUUGAAAUAAUAUCUAAAUCAUCAAAUAAAAUAUAUACUAAAUUAAAACAUUUGUCAUUUUUUUCUCUUGGAGACAAAUACUGCCUCUGAUAGACAAGAAUACUCAGUUUGGCUAACUGGGCUGUAAUGUGAUGAUGGAUAGCUGAUCUUUGGCAGUAACACCCAAAACUUUGCAUUUUCUUUGAAUGGCCAGAUAUCAUUUAGUUUAAUUUCAGCUGUUGAAAACUCGGUCAUUAGGCAUUCCUAACCUUCUACUUG